AUAAAUUGUUUUAUGUCUGUUUUAUCUAAUCCACUUUGUGUGGUCCAGAACGACUGCCGACUGCUAACAGCGAGUCCCAAAAUACAUCUCAAAUUCCGAGAGGUUUCGUAAUUACUGUAUUAUGUAAUUCGAUUUUUCAUUGAAUGGGGAGUAGUGUGAUGUAUCAUUAUGCGGGGUUUUCAUAUCAUUCCCAACUGAAGUUUCCUUCUUUUGGAAUCGUAUGUUCGUCUGAGGUAGUUGGUGUAUCAAGGCGACAAGUGUUGGAGCAGGUGGAUGUUGUGCUUGCUAAGGGGGAUGAGAGGGCGGCACUUCAACUCGUCAAGGAUUUGCAGGGCAAGCCUGGUGGCCUUCGUUGUUUUGGUUCUGCUAGGCAGGUACCGCAAAGACUCUACACCUUGGAUGAGCUAAAGCUGAAUGGCAUAGAAGCAUCUUCUCUUCUAUCACCAGUAGAUGCGACUCUUGGUUCUAUAGAGCGGAAUCUUCAGCUUGCUGCUGUUUUGGGAGGUGUUUCUGCAUGGAAUGUUUUUGGGUUUAGCCCCCAACAAGUUUUAUAUCUUUCUUUAGGAUUGUUGUUUCUCUGGACUUUGGACGUGGCAUCGUUUAAUGGAGGACUCAGUAGCUUGGUUCUUGACACAAUUGCCCACACCUUUAGCCAGAAAUAUCACAACAGGGUAAUUCAACAUGAAGCUGGCCACUUUUUAAUCGCCUACUUGGUGGGAAUUCUUCCCAGGGGAUAUACCUUAUCUAGUCUGGAAGCUUUAAAGAAGGAAGGAUCUCUCAAUGUUCAAGCAGGGACUGCAUUUGUGGAUUUUGAGUUUCUUGAAGAAGUUAAUGGUGGAAAAGUAUCAGCAACGACACUCAACAAAUUCUCGUGUAUAGCACUAGCUGGUGUGGUUUCCGAAUAUCUUUUAUACGGCCAUGCAGAGGGAGGUCUUGCUGAUAUAAACAAGUUGGAUAUGCUGCUUAAAGGCUUGGCCUUCACACAAAAGAAAGCUGACUCUCAAGUCAGAUGGUCUGUACUAAACACCGUCCUAAUACUGCGUCGACAUGAAGCCACACGAGCUAAACUUGCUGAGGCCAUGUCAAGCGGGAAAUCUGUGGGAUUUUGCAUCGAAACCAUUGAGGAUACGAUAGGCAAUGCAGAUAUUUAAGAACAUGAGCUGUUUUCCUAAUGCUCUGCUAACAUUUUUUUCUGCUCUGCUCUUUUGUUAUGUAGAGAUUUGUCACUUGCUGCAGAAGAACCUGUAUUUAUAACAUAUGAAUGGCAACUUAACAUCAGUUUGUGUUAAGAACCUUUUGGGGGUUAUAUAUAGAAUGUCAGAACAGUUUUACAAUUACAAAUAAAAUUCUAUCUGCCUCAGGAGUAUCGUUCCAAGUUUCCAACAACUUGUAUCUAAUUAGUAAUUCCCAUUAUGGUAUGCUAUCAUUUGUCCUUAGCCUGUGUACCUCUUGUCAGUCAGUUUCGCUUUUGUUUUGCACUUUGAGAAGUUAUGGGAAAAUAUUCAAUGUAAAAAAUAAAAAAAUAAAA